AUGUUGAUCCCGAGUGUCCUGCUAUGCGAUUGGAUUACUUGGGAUACUGACGAAAUUGCGCCUCGGAGGACCAUGUCCAAUGGCAUAAAUGCCUCAUUCAUGGCUCUGGCCGGCUAUUCGGCAGCGGCACACCGUCACCGUCACCGCCAUUGCCAUUGCCAUUCACAUAUUCGCGGCAUCUUGCUUACCGAUUUCAUGGCCGAUUGGUCCUUCAUCUCCGAUCGUCCGGUCGAGUGCGCCCUGUCAUUACUCGAAUGUGGAAAGAUUGCGGUGCUACUUGUUGAAGCUCGGCUAUAUUCCGCAAACUCCAUGGGCUGGUCGAUUGCAUUGGCUGGGUUCACAGUGAAAUGGAUACAACAAUCAUUUUCCAGACUCAUGGCGCGUGAGGCGCGUGAGCACGAGUACAGGGCCGGGCUUACCCCAAUCAUGGGUCUUGGAACCUCAGUCGGUCCCUGA